AUGAGUCGUGUGCGCUUACGCUCGGUUGACCAAUUUUCCGUUAAAUUAUUUUUCACGGCGCUCAACACUUACACAAACACAAACACCAACAAAAGCGUGCAAAUAGUUUUGUGAUUGUUUUUGCGGUUUCCCCAAACGUUUUGCUGCCAACGCUUUGUGAUUUUGGGCAAUUUUUACAUAAAAAACUUAUUUGCUCUCGGUCCAAGUUUAUGUUUUCCGUCUGAUUGGUGUUCAGUGGUCAAAAGCACGAAAGAAGCAAAGCACACCAAAGAAAAAACAAAAAAAAAAAAACGCCAAAGAAACCAUUAAAAACAAAAACACGUCGCGACGCUUGUAAAAAUUGAUUUUUAUUCCGCGUGACAAGCGAAGAAUAUUCCAAAAACAAAAAUAUAUAUAUCAACUUCAUAAAAAAGAAAUAUUUUCUAAUACCAAAAGGUUGAGCGUGAGAGCUGUCGAGAAAGUCGAAACAAGGUCAACGCUCAAACACUCAAACAUGUUGCAACUGCACUUUGUAUGAAGGAGCGAGCAGGAGAGCGUGCGUGUUGAGCUAGAAGAAACGUGCCCAUUGUGUGCGCGUGCGUGUGUGUGUGUGUGUGUUUGCGUGCGUGCGUGCGAGCGAGCGGGACAAAGUGCAUUUGUUUCAGCAUACGAUGUCAUCGAUCUCGGCGCAGGGCGUGGUCGAGAGAGCCUCCGCGGAACUAUCGAAACGCAUCAACGGCCUGGGAUUACGCUCAAAACAUCAUCAUGGCAGCAGCAGCGACAGUGCCUCCUCCAAUUCCACGUCCAGUGCCACCUCGUCCAGCGGCAAGACCUCAGUAAUGGAGCGCGUUACAAAUGCGCUCUGCGGCGGCGGCAACUCCAACUCCAACUCCAGCUCCAGCUCCAGCUCCAAUUCCAACUCCAACUCUAACCCCAACUCCAAUAGCAACAGCUCAAACUCCGGCGUAGCCGGUACAGUGAAUAAUCCGCAAACGCCCGACAAGCCGUCGCGAGGUAGCCAAAACGGUAAACCUAGCGCCACGCUCAUCUCCUUGACCGGUGCGCAACCGCAUUCGCAGCAGUUGGCGUCUGUCAACGUCAACCCCACUGCUCUGGCCGCUGCGCAUCACAAUCCCGCGCAUUUGAUGCAACAGCAACAACAACAACAACAACACCAGCAGCAGCAGCAGCAGCAGCAACAACAACAACAACAUCAGCUGCAGGCAAUGGCCGGCUCCACGCUGAUCAACUCGAAUCAUCAUAUGGUCAUAGCGGGUGGUGUGCCCGCGCCGCCCGGCGGCAUGCCGCUGGGUGCCCCGCCAACGCCGACGGUCAAAUCGAUUGCCAAGCAGAUGAACAUCACAAUUCCGGCGCCCGGCUCGCCCACCUUCAGUACGAUGGGCAUGGUUGCGGCGCAGAAGGCCACCGCUGGCUGUGGCACGCCGCUUCAGAUGCGCAAACAGCUGGCCAAUCCGCUUCUGCAUCAUCCGUACGGUGUUGUUGUGGCUGCGGUGCCCGGCUCGGCGCAGGCCAACCAGCUGGCCGCAGCGGUUACCCAGUCCGCGCUAAUACUCCACAAGCACCCGCCACACAUCCAAAGCAUCGAUGCCCUGCUGCUCGACGAUCGCUUCCUCAAUCGCUUUUUCCAGUACUUCUCGCCGUACGAGAGACGAGUGCUCGCCCAGGUGUGCAUCAAGUGGCGGGACAUACUGUACCGCAGCCCUCGCUACUGGUCCGGCCUGUUGCCCACACUGCAAUGCCGCGAACUGCGCCAGAUGCCCGCCUGUGAUCGGGGCAAGCUUUACACUUCGCUCAUUCGACGCGGCUUUCAUGCGCUCGGCCUGGUCGGCGCCUCCGACGAGGAUGCCCUGGACGUUGUGCACUCCUUUCCGCUCGCCUCCAAACAUGUGCAUUCGUUAAGCCUGCGCUGCUCCUCGAUCAGUGAUCGUGGCCUGGAAACGCUUUUGGAUCACUUGCAGAGUCUGUUUGAACUUGAGCUGGCCGGCUGCAAUGAGGUCACCGAAGCGGGCCUCUGGGCCUGCCUGACGCCGCGAAUUGUGUCCUUGUCACUGGCGGACUGCAUCAACAUUGCGGACGAGGCGGUGGGCGCGGUUGCCCAGCUGCUGCCAUCCCUAUACGAGUUCUCGCUUCAGGCUUACCAUGUCACAGAUGCUGCCCUGGGCUACUUCUCACCAAAGCAAAGUCACAGUUUGAGCAUAUUACGCUUACAGUCAUGCUGGGAGCUAACCAAUCAUGGCAUAGUUAAUAUCGUGCACUCCUUGCCGCAUCUAACGGUGCUCAGCCUCUCCGGCUGCAGCAAACUUACCGACGAUGGCGUCGAGCUGAUUGCCGAGAAUCUGCAAAAAUUGCGCGCCCUGGACCUGUCCUGGUGUCCCCGCAUAACGGACGCCUCGCUCGAGUAUAUCGCCUGUGAUCUGAACCAACUGGAGGAAUUGACAUUGGAUAGGUGCGUCCAUAUAACGGACAUCGGAGUUGGAUACAUAUCCACGAUGCUAUCGCUGACCGCCCUCUUCUUGCGCUGGUGCUCCCAGGUGCGUGAUUUCGGGCUGCAACACCUGUGCUCCAUGCGCAAUCUGCAGGUCCUAUCGCUGGCUGGCUGCCCGCUGCUGACGUCAUCCGGCUUGUCCAGCCUCAUCCAGUUGCGUCAUCUGCAGGAGCUGGAGCUGACCAAUUGUCCUGGCGCCUCGCACGAGCUUUUCGAUUAUUUGAAAGAGCAUCUGCCACGCUGCUUGAUAAUCGAAUAAUUGAUGCAUUACUUUAUUUGAAUGUGAAUGUGAAUGUGAAUGAAACUGAUUUUCUUUAGAUUCAGUUAUAUGAGUUUUUAUUAAGAUGCUAUUUUCUAUGCUAUAAUAAUUUUUUUUAGAUUGUGAUUUUUAGUCAUGAAGUUCCUUUUGUGCUAUAAAAACUAUGAACCCUUAUGGUUUUACAAUUAUUUUUUGUUUCUUAUGAUUUUUACUGUGAUUUUAAAUGGAACUCUAUACACAUAUAUAUUAAGUUGGGAGCUGUUUAAGAAAGCUAUACAAUAAAAGACCCCAAAUGAUAUUUAUUUACAUACAGUACAAUACCGAGAUGACGUCUAAUAUUAACAAUUAUUUAUAUUUAUAACUAUUAUUAUUAUUGUAGUCUUUUAAAUCAAGUUUAAAUUAACCUCACUGUAAUUAACCAUAAAAGAUUGUGCAAACAAAGAAACAAUUUCUAUAGAUAUAUGUGCAUACAUAUAUACUUGAUAUAUGUAUGUAAAUGUAAAUUAACUCUAAACAUUGCGCCUAAAAGACAAACAAACAAAAAAAACAAACGUAUGCAGCAUGCAAGCAAAAUCAAAAAAUAUGCAAUUUAUUGUUCAAAGUAACAUACUUUCAAAAAAAAAACUGAAAUGAAUAUUUAUAGGCAAAGUUGCCAACCAGCUUUAUACUUAGCUCACCUUUGCGCAGCCCCGAACACAACAACUUUUUAUCAAUUGUAACAUACAAUAACUAUGCUAGAAAUGAACCCGCAUUCCCCUACCUCCUACCCCUCUUCAAAACAAACGAAAGUCAAUAAAAAUAGCGUAUUCCAGUUUUAGAAUUAGACGAUUUAGAGAAAUGUGCACGCUAAACUAAUGGAAAACAAUAUUUUCAAACUAAAUCGCAUACAAUUUGGGGGAACUACGUUUGAAAAUGAUCAAGUGAAAGAGAUUUAAUUGUAUAUUCUGAAGUCCCUGUGCCGCCCUUACUAGUACUAGUACUAAGUCGCCAACGACAAAGAGCUAAACAUAAACUAUAAUAAAUUAAUAAAUAUAUGGAUAACUACCUUAUGUGAAAAAGAUGCGCUACCAAAACAUUUGUUUAAAUGAGGAAUGUAAGGAUUGUAGUUUGGAAAAAAAAACCAAAUUUAAACAAUAUUUAAAACAAACAACAAAUUUUAAAAAAACAAAUAUAUGAGAAAAUAAACUAAAGCAUAUUUGAAA